AUGAUCCACGUUUAUGUGCGUCGCGAACGCAGCCAGCGCCGCUGGCGUCUCGCGCACUUCCUGGUAUCCAUCGUGGUUUCCAUCGGAUGCAUGGUCGGUGUAUGGUGGGUCGGCAGCCGCACGUACAUCGGAUUCGUGUUGGUGUUGGUGAGCACGCUGAAUUUUGGCGCGGGCAUUCUCGACGGCUUGAUUGGGGGGCUGUUUGUGUCGAGUGAGAUACGUGCUCUUAAAGAAUUUGAGUGGGAGGUCGCUAAUGCGAAGAGAUUGGUUAUGGAAGCUGAGGCUGGUGCAGGCGCUGGUCGUCUUUCUGGUGAGACCGAGGGACACAAGGCUGAAUGA